AAGUCCCACUUUCCGAUCCACGGAACAACCCAAUUCUUCUCCCUCUCCCCCUCUCUCCAGGGCAGUGUCCGUCCAACACGCUCUGGUCAGACCACCGUGUGUCUACAUUUCUCUGCCUUCUGAAAACGAGCGUCCAACACGUCCCAAGAAGAAGACCAGUCAUUCCCUUUCUCUCUCUAAACCCUCUCUCUAAACAUAAUAUUCCUUGCAUGUAUAAAAACAAUGCACCAACUAGAGGGUUUUUUCUACAUACGAUGCGGAAUUGCUUUCAUUUGAAUCAGGAAGUUACAGAUUUUGUGGGAAUUUGGAAUCAUUAGUUUUGUAGAGCUUCGAUAUGAUCGCCUGCCAGCAUCGGAGCGCCAGAGAAAUCAUUUCCGACGCCGGUGCCGGUGCCGCUGCAGGUGCUAUAGCUGCUACUUUUGUGUGCCCAUUGGAUGUGAUCAAGACUAGACUACAAGUCCACGGCCUGCCUGAAGUGCCCCAAUCAGGUCGCAGAGGUAGUAUCAUUGUUACAAGCCUACAAAACAUAGUACGAACCGAGGGUUUGAAGGGACUGUACCGUGGCCUUUCGCCUACAUUGGCAGCAUUACUUCCAAACUGGGCAGUGUACUUCACAGUUUAUGGACAUCUUAAAAGCGUGCUGCAUUCACAUGUGGAUAGCAGUGGUCAACUUACAUUUGGUGCAAAUAUGAUAGCUGCUGCUGGUGCUGGGGCAGCCACAUCAAUUGCAACAAAUCCAUUGUGGGUUGUUAAAACCCGUCUCCAAACACAGGGAAUGAGGCCAGGUGUGGUUCCUUACAAAGGCAUAUUUUCUGCUUUGAAACGGAUUGCACACGAGGAAGGAAUCCGAGGAUUGUAUAGUGGCCUUUUGCCUUCACUAGCUGGGGUUAGUCAUGUUGCUAUCCAAUUUCCAACAUAUGAAAGGAUCAAGUCUUACUUGGCUAAAAGGGAUAAUACAACUCCCAGUGAGCUAAGCCCUGGAAAACUUGCCAUUGCCUCGUCUCUUUCGAAAAUAGUUGCCUCCGUAAUGACUUAUCCGCAUGAGGUUGUGCGUUCCAGGCUUCAAGAACAAGGGCAAGUUAGGAAUGCGGAGAUCCACUAUGCAGGUGUUAUCGAUUGUAUAAAGAAGAUCUACCUAAGGGAAGGUCUUCCUGGCUUUUACCGUGGCUGUGCCACCAAUCUAUUGAGAACGACUCCUGCUGCUGUCAUUACAUUCACCAGUUACGAGAUGAUUCAUAGGUUGUUGAAUCGGGUUUUACCACCAGAUGAGAAGCAUUCAGAAACCCACCCCAAACCCGAUGGCCAUGUCAAGCCUAACAAAGUGUCAAAAGCAGGUGGAGAAGACGAUGACAAUAAUUUACCUCAAUCCCAAAACCCUUCAAAUGAAAGAACUCUAAUCCCAUUUGGAAAAACGGAUAGGCUAAGAGCUGGGCACUGAUUAGAGUAGAGUUGUCUCCUACAUAUAGAAACUAGCCCUUAAAUUGGUGCAUUUUUUGUUGUUUUAUUGCCCUUAUUGUUGUCUUACAAAGUUUUGUUUGUUAGCUUCAUGUUUUUGUUUGUAAUUUCUUCAUUUGGAUGGGGAAAAACCUUGUUAGAGCAUUUCUUUUUUAUAGGCUAAUAAAAAAUAAAUUGG